AUGGCCGCCCACCGCUCUGCUACCCGUGCUCUUGCACGCGCUUUCACCUCCCGCACUGCUGCUGCGCCCGCUGCUCGCGUCGCCCGUCCCUUCACCGUCUCCGCCUUCAGGGCCAACGCCGUUCAUGAGAAGGAGGUUCCCAUCGUCAGCUGGCCCGCCACCAAGGAUGGCAAGUCCUCGAUCCCCGUCAACCCUGGCCAGCAGGCCGUCAAGGAGGAGCCCGCUGAGCCCACCGAGGUCGUUCCUCUCACCGCCGAGGCUUACGAGAAGAUGACGCCCAUGAUGCAGAAGAUGACCGUUUACGGCAAGGUCAUCAUUAUUACUGGUGGUGCCCGUGGUCUCGGUAACCACAUGGCCCGUGCUUGCGCUGAGGCCGGUGCCAAGGCUCUCGUCCUCUUCGACGCCAACGAGGAGCUCGGCAAGGAGUCUGCCAACGAGCUCUACCAGAAGACCAAGAUUCCCGUCACCUUCCUCAAGGUCGACGUUCGUGAUGGCGACGCUAUCAACGCCGCUGUUGACCGCGUCGUUGAGCUUUACGGAUGCCCCGACGUCCUGGUCAACUCUGCUGGCAUUGCUGACUCCAACAUCAAGGCUGAGGAGUACGACAGCUCCAUGUUCAGGCGCCUGAUUGACAUCAACCUUACUGGUACCUUCCUCAUGUCGCAGGCCGUCGGCAAGAAGAUGAUCGCCCACGGCAAGCCGGGCUCCAUCGUCCUCGUCGCCUCCAUGUCCGGCACCAUUGUCAACUACCCCCAGGAGCAGUCCUGCUACAACGCCUCCAAGGCCGGCGUCGUCCAGUUCGGCAAGUCCAUCGCCGCUGAGUGGGCCAAGCACAACAUCCGCGUCAACUGCAUUUCCCCCGGUUACAUGGACACGGCCCUCAACCGUGUUCCCACCCUCGAGGGCCAGAAGAAGAUCUGGCGCUCCCUCACCCCCCAGGACCGCCUCGGCGCCGUCGACGACCUCAACGGCCUCUGCGUCUUCCUCGCCUCCGACGCCUCCGGCUUCAUGACCGGCUCCAACGUCCUCAUUGACGGCGGCUACUCCUGCUACUAA